CCUUGGUCAGACUGUUCUUGGACUUGGAAUUGCUUUCUCCAGGAUUUUGGCCACUCUGUGAUAGUGUUGCAGAAAAUUAUUGAACUUUCUUUUGCAUCCAUUUUGGUGUUACCCACCCCCAUCACCCAGUGGCAUACACUGACUAUUUGAAGCUUCGUAUUGGUGAAGGGUUGCUUGCAAUGUCAAGCACUUCAUAUAAAAAGUAGAGCCUGUUUAUAAGAGAAGUCAGAGACAGUGCUGGGCUCCUACUUGCUGUUGCAGAAUCAUUUGAAUAUAUCUAGCCCCACUGACAGGAGAGUUGUCUCUUCUGAAUGGUAUACAGCCUUGCUGAAUGAGAUCUUGGGAUCACCAGAGUCACAAUGCCUGGAAUUCCUCAAGGAAUAUAUUGAGAGAGCUUCUUGUAUUUUCACUUUCAGUGGUAAAUGAAAAUGUGAGCCUUGUUGUCUCUCGGCAAGUUUUGUCCCUUGUGACUGCCAAGCUCACACACUUGCCUGAUCCUGUUUCAAAGGACAUCUCCCAUUUUGCACUUGAAAAGGUGCAACCACGAGUAAUAUCUUUUGAAGAGCAAGUGGCAGCCAUCAGACAACAUUUAGCAGGAAUUUAUGAGAAAGUGCAAGACUGGAGAGAAGCUGCCUCCAUCUUGGUGGGAAUACCAUUGGAAACGGGGCAAAAGCAGUAUUCAGUGGACUAUAAGUUGGAGACAUACUUGAAAAUUGCCAGACUGUAUUUAGAAGAUGAUGAUCCUGUUCAAGCUGAAGCAUACAUCAACAGAGCUUCAUUGUUACAGGCAGAAUCAAAAAAUGAACAGCUUCAGAUUUACUACAAAGUGUGCUAUGCUCGAGUUCUGGAUUACAGGAGAAAGUUUAUUGAGGCAGCUCAGCGAUACAAUGAACUGUCUUAUCGAGGAGUCAUUGCUGAGAGUGAGAGGAUGACAGCAUUGAAGAAUGCCCUCAUCUGCACAAUUCUGGCUGCUGCAGGUAAAAUUGUUGUGACCGGAUCCUUGUUAAAAAUUGUUGCUUCCCAGUCUUGCUAUAUUUAUUUUUUUCCCAGAUCCACAAUCUUGGAACAUGCUGUGAUAGAGCAUAAUCUGCUAAGUGCUUCCAAGCUUUACAACAACAUCACAUUUCAAGAAUUGGGCUCACUGCUUGAAAUACCUCCUCAUCGAGCAGAGAAGAUAGCUAGUCAGAUGAUCUCCGAGGGACGGAUGUCUGGUCACAUUGACCAGAUUGAUGGGAUUGUUUAUUUUGAAUCUCGAAAGGAAAUGUGGAACUGGGACAGAAGCAUCCAAUCACUGUGUGGUCAGGUGAACCAGAUUGUUGAACGCAUUGCCAGUGUAGCUCCAGAAUGGAUGGCUAAGGUGAUGGAAGAAGAAAUGACACCUUGAGUCUGGUGUCUCCCCCCUUCCUUUUUGAAUUCUGUUUAUUUGUGUAAAUGUAAUAAAAAUUUAAAGCUUGGAGAAAUACAA